AUCCCCAAUACUUGGUACAUCGGGCCCCUCACCAUACAACACCAUAAUAGCACUAUCCUGCUGCUAUUGCCACUGCUACAACCACUAUUCAACUACAUUGCAACUCUCCACGGGCUCUCUCUCUCAGCUCGGCUCCAGCGCUCACCUCCACCUCCACCACCACCACCUCCACCACCAGCGUACCAGCGCUGCGCAAACAUCUCAUCUCGAACCACCGCCAUCGAAAUGCCCUGAUUGUCCCAUUGUCUCCCAGAGCGGAACUGGCCGCGAAGACCAACCAUGAAUCGAGAUGCCGGAGCGUCGAAUCCGAAUUUACGACGCUUCCCCUCCAACACGGACGAUCAUGAAAAUGGCAGAGAAGCAACAACGGUGCGACCGCGGAAUCGCAGAUUCGUGACUGCGGAGCAGGAAUUGGUGAAGACGACCGCGACCAGUACGCCCAGUGCAAGUCGGGCUGUCAGCCCGAUCCCUUCGAAACAUCCGUCACGGAGCGCAGCGGAAGCUGGAACCAGAAGCAAUGGGAGGCCCGUGGGUGGAUUGGAGGUUCCGGGGGCGAAUUCAGGGGGCAGAAGCAGUCCCAGCCUUGGUGGCAUCUUGGAGGGUGGGUGGACAAGUAGCUGGAGCGCGUUGCAGGGACUUGCGAGCUCAGUCCUUGGAGUGGACACUGAUAAUGACAAUGGGGAGAGCAGCAAAGCGGGUGGGUUUUUGAAGAAGCUGAAAGGGGGCACAGAGCGGCAGAAGAUACCUGAUACCUGGGGGCCCGCGGGGUUACCUAAGAAGGGAGAAGACGUUAUAGGGGCAGGAAGUGCCAAAGAUAGAGAGGCAGCUGUGAGGGCAAUGAAGAUGAGAGGGCUACUUGAAAGUCGUGAGGAGGAUCUCAAUGUCAGGAAGGAUACUAAUGGGAAUUACAAGCGGAGGAUAUCGUUGGAAGAGGCAACGCGAGACGGGCAGCACGAUGAUGACGAAGAUGCGCUGGUCUACAUUCAUCACGUCCAACCGCAAGACACGCUUGCUGGUGUCGUAUUAAGGUACAAUUGUCAGCCGGCAGUGUUUAGGAAAGCGAAUCGACUCUGGCCAAAUGAUUCGAUCCAGAUACGGAAGAUUGUAGUCCUUCCCGUGGACGCUUGCACGAUCAAAGGCCGACCCUGUGAACCACCUGCACCCGACUCGCAAGGCGUUGACCUCCUAGCACCAACACCUGCUGCAGAAGACUCUCCCCCCUUUAACGACGGUAGUACAUGGCCAGGGUCAUCUUCGUCACAGAACGGGUCGUCUGCAGAACACCCUGAGACAGAAGAGCACCCAUGGACACAUGUUCGUUGGGUCCUCGUCGAUUCUUCGCCCUCCUCCAAACCUGUCGAGAUUGCGCGCAUGCCCCGAAAGACAUUAGGAUAUUUCCCACCCCGACGAAGAAAGAGUCAAGUCACAGCUUCCUCGAUCUCUACACCGCGCGGCUCUUCCGAGUUCCCACGAAUCUCGCAGACCAUCUCUCGUUCCUCGAAUGAUCCAGCUGGAAGCACAGCCAGCACUCCACCACGCCGAACGAGCAACCUUGGACCCGGACCCUCGCAGAUUAUGAGUGGGAGCUACGGCAGCUACUUCCCCCCGGUAGCAUCUAGCACUCGCCCCCGCCGCGAGAGUGUCGGCGAAGCUGCGAAUCGAUUGGGGUGGAUGCAAGGGCCUGGUGGCGUAGGGACGUUAAGCAAGAAUGUGCGAAAGCCGGGUCCUAGUCAAGAUGGGUUGAAUGCAUGGGCGAGAAAACACAUCCCCGGAUUAGCAAUUGAUUCUCUGCCUUCGGCCUCCCUCGUUGGGGGCGAAUCGGCGCAUUUUGGAUUUAGUGAUGAGUUGGCUAGCAUUGCGGAAGGAGGUCCGAUGCGAGGAGGUCUGGGCAGCGGGACGGCUACGCCUAGUGGCUCGGGCCAGGGACUGGGUCUAGAAAGCGCGGCGGCUGCGAUUGAAGGCUGGGUUAGACGACUUGCUAUCAAAGCGCCUGGGACUCCCAGUCUGGGGGGUAGGACUGAGAGUACUGAUCUCAUCGAGUUACUCGAUGGAACAAGCAGUGAUGAUGGGCGGGGAUUUGAACCCCACCCCGGGGCAGCAAGAACCUCUACGCCAAACCUCGGUGGGACCGGGAGGGAGGGUUUGGGCGCGUUGAUCAGGGAGAGGAGUCCAGGGGGUUCGAAGGCCGGAAAGAGUGAUUGAAUUAGUAGAUGAUGAGGAUUGCAGCGGCAUCAUACCCCGGAGCGAGAAGAUCAGUUGAGGAGCAUUAGAGCGGGCGUUAGGACUUCAUCUUUGUUUUGGCGGGCGAAGAUUGUCUUGAUAUGAUAGUACAUGAUAAUAGUUACCUUUAUAUUAUGGUGCUUAUAGGAUAUGCAAGCAAAGCCUUUUAGCAGAGGGAGUAUCCGGAAAGAGAUGAGGUU